GAGGCACAUCUGGACAGCUGCGCUGAGGAACUGUGCGGCCCCUUCGCGGGCCCGACGUCAGCUGAGCACGUCCCCCACGUCUUCUCCUUUCAGCCACUUAUUUAUUCACUUUUCCAAAGAAGCAACCAGGAAUCCAAGUUUAAAACUUUUUUCGCCCUAAUGCGAGACGGUGCCAGAUCCCAUCCAACACACAGUUUAACUUUCAUGGGGCUCUGGGAUCAAAAGGACAGAAACAGCAACAGCAAAAUCCCAGCCGCUCUCUGAUUUAAAACUGGCAAAGUGUGAAAAAUAGCGUUGAGUAAGACCGAGUUGGUCAUGGGGAAUUUCAAAGGCCAUGCUCUCCCUGGAACCUUCUUCUUUAUCUUGGGGAUUUGGUGGACAACAAAGUGCAUUCUGAAAUAUGCCUUCAAAAAGCACAAGCGGACUUCCUACCUUGAUUCCAAAGUAUUAUUCCACCGAGUAGAAAUUUUGGAGGGAAUCAUAAUAGCUGGAAUGGCUUUAACUGGCAUGCUUGGAGAACAGUUUAUUCCUGGAGGACCGCACCUGACCUUAUAUGACUACAAAGAGGGCCAGUGGGUCCAACUCCUGGGCUGGCAUCAUUUUACCAUGUACUUCUUCUUUGGGCUGCUGGGUGUGACAAACAUCUUAUGUUCCACCAUCAGGUCACUUCCUGCCUCCUUUACCAAGUUAAUGUUAGCAAAUGCCUUAUUUGUGGAGGGUUUUGUCUUCUACAAUCACACUCAUGGUCGGGAAAUGCUGGACAUCUUUGUGCACAAGCUUCUGGUCUUGGUCAUCUUUUUGACAGGCCUGAUUGCCUUCUUGGAGCUUUUCAUACUGACCAAUAUAACUGUGGAACUUCUGCGGAUAAGCUUUUUCCUACUUCAGGGAAGCUGGUUCUGGCAGAUUGGGUUUGUCCUUUAUCCCCCCAGUGGAGGUCCUGCAUGGGAUUUAGUGGAUCAUGACAACGUUAUGUUUCUCACCAUAUGCUUUUGUUGGCAUUAUGCAACAGCCAUUAUCAUCAUUGGAGCAAUUUAUGCCUUUGUCACCUGGUUGGUUAAAUCUCGAUUUAAGAGGUUCUGCCCCUCAGAAGUUGGACUCCUGAAAAAUGCUGAACGAGAACAAGAAUCAGAAGAAGAGAUGUGACUUUGGGCGUCCAGUCUUUCUAGUUGAAAUUUCUCUCUUUUUAAAAUUUUAUUAUUUUUAAUCACAGUUUUGCCUUUUCACCUUUUGUUUGGAGAACAACUGGUUGAGAAUGAUUCUUGGUGUCAUGGUAUUUGGGGCUUGGAGUGGCUCUCCCCAGGUCAUCUAAAGUGUGAUGAUGCCCACACUGAAAAAUAUUGUUUUAUUUGCCUUAUAGAUACAUAUGCUCAGGGUUCCUGGGCUUACUACCAUUUGUAACUCAUUAUAGAUGGAAUUUCACUUGUUUAUCUUGUUGCUGCAAUGAGAAAUAAAUGAAUGCAUGGACCUUCGUUCAAA